AAACAGUUUAGUACUGUAGUUCACAAUGCAUUCUGGGCUGCUUAAAUUGGAGCAACAAGACAGAGGCCCAAAACAGUAUGAUGAUGUUUUAAAUUACAGGACAAUACAGUAUUUUUUGGAAACUGCCUGUUGACUGGGGAAUUUGGAGCACGCUGUCAAAAGCUUGAUUCAACAUUAAUCUUUUUAAAUUGAGGCUACUGCUUUUGGUAAAUUUUCUUUACAAAUACAGAAAUAAUUUGCCAUUUACUCCUGGAUGGGAACCAUCAUUUGGAUAGGAGAUUUUCCAGAAGAGGACGCACAAUUUAGAUGACGCGCUGCACACAUCGUCGAGUGUUUUUCAUCAACAUCCAUCGGUCUUUCAUCUACAAAUUAAACGUCUACAAACAUCAAACAUCUACAAAUUAAACGUCCAGAAUGAUGGCGAACAUGAGUGAAGAAAUCAAAGAGAUAAUCUGCAAGACCUUGCCAAACCUGUCUGAAGAGACUCAGUGGCAAAUAAUAUCGAAACUUCAGAGCUCCGGCUUGGAAUCAAAAGAAGACUUAAAAUAUGUACAACAGGAAGACAUUGCUGAUCUGUUACCUGUUAUCCAGUGCAGAAAACUCCUGGAUGCAUUCAAAUUAGAAACCGAGAAAGUUACAUUGGAUUUACAAGUCAUUCCAACUUCGUCACCAAUGAGUAGUGAUUGGUCGGUGUCGGGGUCGUCAUCACCAACAUUAUGCACUCCGCCUAAUUCUAGCUCAUCACAGCUAUCAGCCAUUUCUUCAUGUUCAAGCCAGUCAAGAAACAGUGAACCAAGCAACAGACCUUCCACAUCUCAGAUACUGAAAACAUGGCCAGAAACUUUCCAGGUCCCUUGGGAACAAAUGCCACAGGAAAUUCGUUCUGCAAUUGCAGAUGGCAAGAGACCUAAACCAAUGGAGCGACGUCAGAUGGUACGAGUACUCGCAGAUGAAAUGAGAAGGUAUGAGGCUAACCCCACUCGCGCACAAUGCCUAACUGUGGUUCGAAAUAUCAUCAGGCAGUACCCAAAGAGUUUUGCUGAUAUUGCACCAGAUGGGUCACUUCUGUGUGGAGGUUACACAUCACUUUUGAUUCAAUUGAAAAACCGCAUUGAGAAUUUGAACCGUGAUGGAAGCUUCUCAUUCCACCGAUCCUCUACAGCCAAGAGGGGUCCAACUGACACAUACGGAUGUACACGAUUUCAGCCAGAGCUGCCCCCAGAAGAAACUGAUGAAACUGUGGAACAGCACCGCCAGAGACUGGAGGAGAUUUAUAAACAGGAGGGAGCAGGUGGAGCAGAAAGAGCAGAAGUAAAAAAUCUAAUGGAGCUCACAUUCUCUCUACAACGUCGCCAUAUAAAUACAAUUCCACCACCUGACAUUGAAGAUGUGAAAAGCAAAUGGCCUUUUCUUUUCACGCCAAGGUAUAUAUACGGCCAUUUUGAGUUGCUCACAGACAUCAAUGUGCUUCGUAGCUUGGAACUCAGCAUGCAGGAAUGUGGAAGAGCCAUCACAGAAUACUUCAGGGGAAAACCUACCAACAAAAAUGUCAAAGAUAUCCUCUCUAAUGGUGAAGAUAAUGAGAUGGCACUUCGUGUUGUUCAGCUGCUCAUGGCACACUUUGGAGAGGACAUAACUGGGCUGAUCCUUCUUACAGAUGUGUCUGCCACUGCAGCUGACGUUGAGACAACUCUCAGUCUUCCUGCAAGUCCUCGCCUGAUACUGCCUGUUUCAGGUGCAACAGGGCAAGUCACAAUUAAGGGUUGGAUGAUCACCUUUGAGGGCCGUGUAAUCUCUGAGGGCAUCACACCAACAUUUGCAACAGGACUUGCUGCUAUUUUUGCAAUCUACUACAUAUUGAACCUUCAGUAUCAAGAAGAGGCAGCCUGCACUCUGGAAUUCAUUCAGAGACGCUUCAUUGGUAUAAAUCCAGAGAGAGGGACAAAGGCCAAAAGGGGCAAGGUUGUCUCUAAGAAGAAAGGUGUAAUCGUCCAGAAGAAGUCUUCUGCAGUCAAUACACACGUCGCCACGCUACUGAAGAAUCUCCUUGACUUUGAAUGGAACUUCAUAUAGAUUGUGGAAGUACUGGAAUAAUGCUGCACAGAGGAACAGCUACUACCAAAGUGAUGUUCAUCUCUCCUUGAUCAACAACUGAGAUGUAAAAACACAAGCCUACCUCACAGGACAAUUUUAAGAGGUAACCUGCAAGUCUAGCUUGCAGUGACACAGUUGCCUACCUUACGGUUUCAUCCCUAAAUGUUUUUAUUGAUGCUGUUAUUGAUUCAUCUUGCUAAAAUGUUAUAGUUUCAAAAUGGCCUUAAUGCGCAUUUUCAAAAUGUUCUUAGGUAUGUUUUCAAAAUGUUGUCAAUUCUGCACAUGUUCAGAUGUUAUUAUGGAAGUAUAUAUUGCAGAUUACAAA